GUUUCGGCACGAGCCGCGGCCAUCCGGGCCCUGCGCGCGCGGGGGGCGGGGCAGUCCGCCCGCUGUCGCUGAGGAUCCAUGGAUCUCAAUGGUGACGGCAAGAUCGACCUGCAGGAUUCCCUUCUGGGCAUCCGGAUGGUCAAUGACACGUCGUCGAUGAGCGUUGAUGAGAAGCAUAAGCUAGAGAGGGCGCUUAAGCUCCAUUUCAUCGUGUUCAUGAACCGGGCCAUCGUCAUCACAUGGCCGAUGUUCUGCCUCUACCUUAUCACUCAACCAUGGAUGGCGAACUGGACCAACAACGCCUGGCACGCCUUCAGUUCCACGUAUGACGUCUACGCAGACAACGGAAGCCUGGAGGGCUCAUACAUUCGGAAGAGAGGCAUGUGCAGCGUGCCCGCGAGCGAGAUACACUGCUCCGACGGCCAGAAUUUCACCGAGCUCGCCAUAGCAGCUCGAGGGACCCCCAUUGGCUGCGGCUGCGGCGAGGGCGUCUACGGCGAAGGCCUGUGCCCCAUGACCUUCUACGGGUACACGCUCAGCGACUUCGUGUCGACCGCUCCGGCGCUGGGGGCGAUGCUCGGGCUCGGCUUCUUCCCGCUCUUGGGAACGUGGCAGUGCACAAUGGCCAUCAACAAACACUGCAAACCGCGCCCUUUGUGGGAGAAGCUGCACUUCUUCUCCAUGAUGUUCUUUCAAAUUUCCUACAUAUUGUGGGGCGUAGCCUCCGACUGCAUCUUCCCCACAUCACACGCGGUACUCACCGUGGCGUUUCUGGGAGGCUUUCUGGCCCAUUGGAUCGUCAGCGUCUACCUGUGCAUUGCGGCGCUGGGCGUUAAGGUCCUAGAGGCCGACAUCGUGCUCUGGGUGGCUUCGUCCGCUAUUUCGGUCAUCACGCUCGGGGCGAUUCCCAGGAUCAGAGGAUCACGAAGUUGCAUUCAGAUAAUGGGUCGGAGAUUCGCGCCGAUUUCUUGAGUCGGCGCUGGAUACGCGGAGCGCGCUGGGGGCGGCGUGCCAGGGGUGUGUGGAGGGGGGUCCAGCGCUAACCCAGGAGAUCUCGGCGGGCCCCCGAAAGCUUGUGCCACCGCUCGUUUGGCGCACCCUUCUGCAGGGUGUUCCUCACCAUCAACGGUAUGGGGGGCGUCCCGGGGUACGGCUUCCUGCCGAACUGGAACCGCGGCAUCGGCGC